UCGAGGAGUUUAUAUUUCUCGGCCAUGAAGCUGAUUACAUAAGGCACACACGCGCAGUAUUGCCUGGUACUCGCCGACGAAUUCGACUAAUAAGUUAGUAAUUGUCUCCUCUCGCCGACCAUAUUUCCCGACUUCCACCUACACAGCCAAUCUCUAUCCAGGAAUAUCGUUGGCUUCAGUCACAAGCCCUGCGUGGUUUAUCGAGCCUAUCGGAUGACCUCCGACAGGGUCAGGGCUGACACCGGAAAAAGUCGACCGGUACUUUGACGCGAACAUCACACCAUACUCAUUCUCCGUCGCAGCUUGAAAUCGAACAAUCCAACUCUCAAGAACUUCUCCGUUAUACGGAUAUAUUGCAUGAAAGAUGAAGCGCCGUCCUGAUCGGCCUCGAGGUGAGUGAACAUUGCGCUGAUGGUUUUGGAAAGACAUGGAAUAAGCAAAGUCGGACCUUUCGUGUUGCCAAUUGACCAAACACGCAAAGAUCUUAUGACCCUGGAAGAAUCCGGAAGCGCCAACAUGAUCAAUGCACGUCGACCUUGGCGUAGAAAAGAUUGGGCGGACCGCAACUAUCUAAUAAAUCUGAUACUCCGGCGCCUCCAAGUCGCCGACUCCCCACAGCUGGGCACCCGCGGUGAGCACGUUCGAGGCCAAUGAGAGGACUUCUUAUCACGAUCUACAUCCGACAGGGCAAUGUGUAUAAAGUCAUGACAAGUCGCAGCUUCCGGAGCUUCAACGUGUACCAACGAUAAACAAGCGGCAGCAAUGAACCAUCCUCAACAGUCCUGCACCCGAUUUCUCUCAUGUCUCUAACGAGCGCAACAAGUACAGCCGCUCCGAGCCUCUGCUCGGUUGCCUCUGCAGCCAAGCUUGGAAGCACCGUCGCGCCUCUUUACCAUGCUGGCAGUACUAUUCCCAAGCACCAGACGAACUUCAUAACCGCUCAAGGCACCGCAUCACCCUUUACCAGAGAACCUCAGUACCGCCAUCAUUCGACAAUAAAUCUCGCCCGCCCCGGCGGAACUUUCCCCAUCCGCCGUUACAACGGAUUUGCCGAAAAGACGUCGUCGACACCAGCACGAUGUUUCUCCACCACAAGCGUCUCACGGCUUCGUGACUUCUUUCCGUCACAGGAGACAAAGUACAUCCGGCAGACACCAGCGGCGUGGCAACACCAUGACUUUUCGGAAGAGGAAAUGCUCAACGUCACUCCAGCUCACAGAGAACCCAGAUCCUGGGGUGACUGGUCGGCAUGGAAAUUGAUCAGAUUCUGCCGAUGGGGCAUGGACCUCGCGACGGGUCUCAGAGCAGAACAGCAAUCCGACAAAUCCAAGCCCACCACAGCAAUAGUUGCCAGCAAACCCUUGACCGAAGCACAAUGGCUCGUGCGGUUUGUGUUUUUGGAGUCCAUCGCGGGCGUCCCCGGCAUGGUCGCCGGUAUGCUCCGCCACCUCCGCUCCCUCCGCCGCAUGAAGCGGGACAACGGGUGGAUCGAGACGCUGCUGGAAGAGUCGUACAACGAACGCAUGCACCUCCUGACGUUCAUGAAGAUGUGCGAGCCGGGCUGGUUCAUGAAGACGAUGAUCCUCGCCGCGCAGGGCGUCUUCUUCAACGCCCUCUUCUGCUCGUACCUCGUCUCGCCCAAGAUCUGCCACCGCUUCGUCGGCUACCUCGAGGAGGAGGCCGUGCACACCUACACCCGGUGCAUCAAGGAGAUCGAACAGGGCCUCCUGCCCAAGUGGAGCGACCCGAGCUUCCAGAUCCCCGAACUGGCCGUGCAGUACUGGCACAUGCCCGAGGGGAGACGCACCAUGAGGGACCUGAUCCUCUACAUCCGUGCCGACGAGGCCGUCCACAGGGGUGUCAACCACACGCUGGGCAACCUGGACUACAAGGAGGACCCGAAUCCGUUUGUGAGUGACUACAAGGCCGAGGCGAAAGGUCACAAACCGAACGCCGUCGCGAGGGGGACGGGCUACGAGCGUGAUGAGGUCAUUGGUUGAUGUUCACUCGGGUCUUUGACUGUACGCUGUUCUUGGGGAGAUGCCGAUUACCACGAUACUUCCUUGCUGCUGUAGAUUGCCUGAAUAAUGGUAAAGUAGAAAAGUAGAACAGAAGAGAGGUCAGGAAUUUUUUUUGGGCCCGUAUCUUUGAGAGUUUCGGUACCUGACUAGCGCUCUCAACAUCCAUGAUCCAUGUCUCAAAGCAGGGAAUGUGUGAAGCGGCAAGUACCGGCGUCAAGACCUGAUAAUUGACGAAUUAUCCCCCAAGGGACACCAUCUAGAACACUAGCCGAGGAUUGAGUAAGUGAUUGGGAGUGAUAUUUUUGCGGGGGGAUAUCAACCCGUCCGUCUUGAUCGGGGGAAAGCUCUCCUCGCCGCGAGGCGACGUCUUAUCGCCCUCGACUGGCUCUAUUGACUUGGAUAUACAUGGUUACGACUGCGACAGUGUUGCAUGGAACGACGAUGAAUUUCUCUUGCGGACGUCGUUGCCAGUCGCAUGUGCUUCGGAAGGCGAUCGACUACUCGGGAAAUGUUACUGGAACGCCAUGAGCUCAUUGUACGAGCUGACAACAAAGGGACAACAAGGGUUGACUGCCAGUGUUGUCUUCGAUUUGAUCAGUAGAUUUCUGUUACUUUCCAGACGCGCAGUGGCCAACGUUGGAGGAGUUGUCGAUGAUGGGAGAGAAUGCCGCGCUCCUCGUCGAUGUAGUAGAUGGGAUCAACACCAAUUUUGACACCACCUUGGUCGGUCAUUUACGAUCCAACUGACCGUGGCAAUGACGGUUGUGUAGACAAUGUCCCUUGCAUUCCCUUCAAUCGGAAUCGUUGUGCAAAAGAGCACCCAGGAUGGCGGCAAACCUGCGUGCGAUUUCCCAAUGUCCGAUCCGUCUGAGGAGGUCGGUCAGGCCACACAAGGCGGCAUUGAUCUCGGCCGUCGUGGGAAGGCCGUGUUUGUAACCGUUCACUUGAAACAGCAACAAGGCAGGGUUAACGCCCAACAGUCUGAAUUCGGGAAAGUCCAGACUUUCCGAGGUCGUGACGGCCUUGUUAUUGUUACCAUUGUUGCCCGUGCCGUCACCGGCGCCACCGCCCCGCGUGCCGAAACGAGUGUAACAGAACCAGGCGAUGCCGGCCCUGAACAUGGCGCGGGGCACGUGGAUGGCCGGUUCCGAACCCAAGGGGAGGUCCUCGAGUUUCUUGGCGAUGAUUGAGCCGUGGAUGACGCAUCGCUUCGCGUCGUUGGAGUCUGCCCAGUGGGUGAUGGCGACGCGGUCUUCGGCGGAGAGCUGGGAGCCGUCGCGGCCGAUGGCCCUUUCCAGCAGGUCAAAGUCGGCGCAGAUGGACAUGUAGGCGAGGUGCCAGAGGAUGAUCAUGUCCAUGUGGUCCGGCUUCCACGACGAGGUGCCGGUGCCGAGGAGGAAUCGGUUGAAGAAGGUGUUGAGGAGGUGAGAGAGGUCUUUCAUGGUGGCCGGGGAGGAGCGAGAGUCGAUGCGGUUCUCGACGAUGUUCACGCAAAUGCCCUCGAGGACCGUGUAGGCCGUGAAAUAGCUGGCCUGAGGGGUCGAGAGCAUGUCGAAGUCGACGUGGGCGUCGACGGAGGCCGGGGUGCUGUCGUCCAUUUCAAAAUUGCUGGGGUCGUCGAGGUAGGCCUGGCGCCACUCCUCCGCCUUGGACGCCAUGAACAUCUGGUUCGACGCCGCCACGGGCAGUUGCCGCGAGUUGUGCCGCAGAAAGGGCUCGUGGUGGAAGAUGCUCGCCAGCUCGGCGUCGUGGAUGUGCACGGCCAGCGCGAUUCGGAUGAGUUCUUCGUUCUUGGCCCACUCGCGCCAUUGCUUUUCCAGUUCGGCGGGACCGAGGCUGAGCAGCUCGAGUCCCCUCAUCUUCUUGGUCUUGAAGGUCGAGAGUCGUCGCGCCCACGAGAUCAGUGUGCCGUUGAACGUGUCCACGAUCGAGAGGUGCCUCGGCUCUCCAGAAAGCAGUCCGAAAGUCUGUCCGAUGAUGGCGGUCUGGAUAAGGGAAAUCUUUUCGUCCGUCCCUCGAGAUAUGAGGCGGUCCCAGUUGGCCAGGACGGCUUUGUGCAGGCGUUCAAAGAUCUGGACCCCUUGUCGAAUGGCGUGUGCCGAGCCCGUGAAGAGGCUGCCCACGGAGCAGAUGGACAACAAAACCAUCGAGUUCGCCUUUGAAGGGCGGAAAGUCGGCGCGUGGACCACGGGGAACACGGGGUGAAACUUGGCGAAAUAGGAUCUCACGCAGAGAUUUAGAAAGUCGGAUGACGGGAGACUCUGCUCCACCGAUCGGAUCAGCAGACUCUGAUGUAAAGUCUGACGGUACGAGUCGUCGACUUCGACGUGCGAAGCGGGCGGUGUCGCGGGUCCCGAAGGGAGAACUUCCUCUUGCCCUUCGUCGUUGGGGGUGAACCACAGAUGUUGCAUGUUAUCCACGGGUUUGUACGUGGAUGAACCGAACGUCGUAAACGGACUAUCUGGCCAACCGGGCCUGAGCUCCGCCAUGCUCGUGGCAAGGGGUGUGUCGAGAAUGCCGGUGUGGAACUCGAGGUCGGUGGGUACGAUCCAAGAAGGAAACUGAGCUUCGAAAUCGAGAGCGUCCAAAGAAGGAUCAAAGUUAUUAGGUAGGGGCUCUGAAAUAAAAUGUCCAGAAUAGCCAUCCUGUUGUUGCUGCUGCUGCUGCUGUUGUGGUACUGUCGUAUUUUGAUAGUCGGAGUUGCUGUGGCUGCCAAAAUUCGAGACAGGAAGGUUCAUGUGGGAGCCGCCCAUGCCGUUGAUGGACAGACUCUGCGGCUCUGAUGAUACUGAUGGUGCAGAGAGUGACAUUUCGGUGGUCGACACAGGUUGUUGCAUCGAUGCUGUUGUUAUUAUGGAAUCGGGUUCGACUGAAAUGCUGCUUCGAUGAUGUGGUUUAUCUUGAUUGUCGUGGUUAGAUGCGGCGUCUGAAUGGUCUUUUAAGUGCCGGAGCAAAGUAUCACUAUUGAAUUCCUGAUUAGCCUGCAAUUUCAACCCUUGAGGUGAGAAUUUCCUGGUAGGAGAUUGUAGCGACGUAUGGAAUGUAUGCAUGGUGCAACACUUCUGGUUGCGAUAUGCCAAAUUGAUUCCAGCGCCUGCAAAAGGUGACAGGCUGUUGAGAACCGAACAACACCAUGUCCAAUCUUUGUAGUACUUGACCUUAGCAGGACUGUCGCAAUUUGCAUGCCAUACGUCGCUACCUUUCCCUUCCCGACUUCACAUAAUGCUAUCGAAGUUGUGAUGGUAUCAUUCAAUGACUUACUGACGACCAUAUUUUCGCCCACACUUGGCACAUUUGAAGGGCUUUUCUUUGGUAUGAGACCUGAUGUGCCUCUCGAGGUGAUCUGUUUUGGCAAACGUACGGCCGCAAGUCAUGCACUGUC